CGCCGAACAGAGAGCGAGACCUCGGGAAUCGGAGCUCGAUCGUUGCUCCGUCGACGCCGUCGCUCCCGGCCUCUCUUCCUCCGGACUCCGCUUCGUCUCGCGGCGGCUUAAACCCCGGCGCUAGCUCGCCAUCUUCGACCGGCGGUACGCAGCGGCGCCACAUCCGCGGGCGGCCCUGGCCGUCGUAGUAGUCGGGACCUCGGCCUCUGAAGUCUGGUCCCGCUUCGCCUCUCCCCGUCUCUCGCCGGUUUCCGCAGCUCUUUCAAGGCGCCGCUUCGUCUCUCCUCUGUUCCUCUUGCUGAGAUUUUCGCCCGCGACGGGGCGGGGCUCCACGGGACACCGUUGCCCCCACCACGCGAGUCCUUCCGCCUCGUGCCUGUCUGUAAACCCAGAGCGCGCCAUGGCGCACGCUUCGAAGGCGUUUUGAGAUCAACCCAUUUGAGAAAUGUCCCUAAAACUUCACGCUUUGGCUUAAUUAUCCAGAAUUUCGUUCUUCCUGUACCAUAUAGCUUGGUCUGCAUUCUCUGAAUGUGAGGGUUCGCGCGCGAUGGCGAGUGCUGAGGAAGUGAAAAGAGACGAACUAGCCGGCUUUCUAAAAGUGCUUCCGCCGGUGGAGUUUUCCUGUGUCUAUGGAUCGACCCUGCAUCCUAACAAUCGGGACAAGUCAUCCAUGGUGGAUUACAUUCUUGGAGUAUCAGAUCCUUUGCAGUGGCAUGCUGAGUUCUCUUGGCAUGUCUUAGAAUCUCAAACGGAAUCGAGAUCACUAUGCUUCCUGGAUGGUCCAUGUUGGUGGGGCAAAACUGAUGAAAUUGGUGUUGGGGUUCAUUUCAACCCAUUUGUUACUUGGAAUGAUAAGAUGCUCAAGUAUGGAGUUGUUCGGAUGCACGACCUGGUAGAGGAUGUACUCAAGUGGGACAGAUUCUACUUGAGUGGUAGACUGCAAAAACCAGUUCACAUACUGCUUGAUAACUUGGACAUUGAAAAUGUCAAUUCUUCUAAUCUGAGAGCUGCUGUCUCGGCUGCUCUUCUCCUCUUGCCACAUGAAUUUUCUGAGGAAGACCUUUAUGCCAAGAUAUGCAGUCUCUCAUACAUGGGUGACCUACGUAUGCUUUUUGCAGAGGAUAGGAAUAAGGUGAAGAAGAUUGUACAAGGACAAUUCAGUCUGUUUCAGUCUAUGUACAAGCCAUUUCUUGAGGAAUAUGAGACAAAAAAUAUGAUAAGCUUCUCAUCAUGCGGUGGUCAUAAAGCAAAUAUAUGUCAGGAUAUCGAUUUAUACACCACCUGUUCACUUGUUUCCUUGCUACCGCAAGCAAUGAGAAAUCGCAUGGGAAUGAAGUUGGGAGAGCAGAAAAGGAUUGCUGAAUCAGGUCGAGUGGUUCGUGAUGUUAAGAUCAGCUCGAGAGAAGAGGCGGCAAAGUGCAUGCAGAAGGUUCUCCGGCGGACCGUGCUGAUGUCGAGUGCGAGGCAGGCAGUUUCGGGAUUCCUGACUACUGGUGGUCUCAAUGCUGUUAGGUAUCUCGGCAAGAAGAUGGCCAAGGCUUGGAAGUCCCGGACCUGAUCACUAAUUUAUCGCUUCUCUUACCUAGGAAACCUAAAUUUUGGCUAGAAGUUUAGGAAAACGAGUCACACACAAAGAUGGGCUUUUCCGGGGAUGCUCAUCUGUUUUUCCUUUGCCAUUUGUGGUUGUACGGAACGUCGAUAGUUUAUUUGUUGUGCUAUUUGAAUAAGAUUGAUGACUGAUGGAAAA